AUGAGCUCGUUCACGUUUUCUGAAGCUUUAUUUCUCUUUUUACAGGGUGAUGCUGCCUGUAGUAGUACGCCAGCUUUCACGGGGAUUGCAGCGAACUACAGCUGUAGCACUGUCUACAUCUGUGCCCGUGAAGCAGGCAGGCGAGGAGAAGAAGAAGAAAGACCCCACCAUUCUGAAGCUCGACGAGGAAAACGGACGAAACUAGCGAAUUUUGGUCGAUAUGUAGCAGAAUGUCUUCCGAAAUUUGUUCAGCAAGUCCAAGUGGGUUCUUCGCUUUUUAAAUUUUGUUUAGAACCAACUGAGUUUACCUAUGCGUUCUGA